AUGAGCUUAAUUUUAGAUUCGGAAUUAUUUGCUCUCCGGACUCACCCUUAUCAACCUGUUCUAACAGUUGGCACUUUGAACGGACGUGUUUCAAGUUAUUACUAUAAUCUUGAUGAACAAACAUAUCAUCAGGCAUGGUAUACGUACAGACAUCGUAUUGCCUGUCGGGAUUUGAGAUAUUCAAUGAGCGGAGAAGAGGAUACAAUAGAUAUUUUAUCGGUAGGAGCAGAUGGAAUGAUUAAGUGUGCCAAGAGCGAGACGGGGAAGGUUAUUUGGAGGGCAAAAAGGGCACAUAUGAAUGCGAUUAAUGUAGUAUAUUAUUUAUCAGAGAUGAACUUUGUUUCAGGAGAUGAUAAUGGAAAGGUUAAAUUAUGGGAUAAGAGGGUAAAAGAAAGUGUUAAGGAGAUAGAUGUUCAUAAGGAUUAUAUUUCGUCUUUUUUGGGACUGAAUGAGAAGGUUUUAUUAUCAACUAGUGGAGAUGCAUUUUUUUCAGUAGUGGAUUUUCGUAUAGACAAGUGUUUGCCAAUUUAUUCGUAUGAAUUUGGGGAAGAUCUUUUAUCUUCAUGUUUAGUUAAAUCAGAAACGAUUAAACCCAAGAUAUGUAUAGGGACAGUAUCAGGAAUGAUAAAAAUAUUUAAUAAAGGUGAAUGGGAUAAUGAUACAAGUCAAAUUUUGUUAUCUGGAAAGAAAAAUAUGUUAAGCAUUGAUGUUAUGAUGGCAUGGAAUGAUGAUAUUAUUAUUGUGAGUGGUAAUGAUGGUGUUAUAAGAGUUUUAAAUAUUCAUCCUAAUAUACCAUUGGGAAUUCUUGGUUAUCAAGAUUCAAGUGUCGACGUAUUGGCUAAAACAUAUGAUGAUAAAUGGAUAUUAAGCGGUGGAGAUAAAAAAAUAACAGCAUGGAAAGCAAAUUGGAGCAAUAAUCUUAAAAAACAUGAUAGAUCUAAUCAAGAAUUGUCAGAUCAAGUGCAUAAAAAGAAAUUAAUGUUGGAUAAGGAUAUGUCUUUUUUUGAAGGUUUAACAUAA